UGAACGUUUGCAGUCCAUACUAAAGGCGGUCGCGGCAGCAUCAGCACUUGAAACGUGUGAGAACGAAACACAGCAAAACGGUAAAAGGGCUUUAGCUGAGCGCAAGCUGAGCGGAGCGCGCCUUUGAGCCAAGCUAAGCUGCGCUUUUUGUUUUUGGGUGUGCCGCGGCAGUGUGACGAGAACGCGUGAGCAGCCAACACGUAAACGACGCGUUGUGCGCUGCGCCAACAAUAAAAAUCAGUAAAAAAUACACAAACAACAAUAACAGCAGCAACAGCAGCAGCGGCAACAACUCAAGUGUGAAUUGUUAUUGAGGUUAUGUAAGCGGCAAAAGCGAACUAACAAAACGCAAAAACAAAACGUAUUCGCUCUGCAAGCCAAAACACGUUCAAUUACAACAAGUUCAGACACGCGUCAGCCUCGCGCAUUCGCACAUUCCUAAAAAUUAUAUAAAAACCUAAUGGAGCACGAGGCCAAAGCGCAGGCGCAGGCGCAGACGUUGACUGCGACUGCGACUGCGACUGUGACGCCAGAUCAUCCGCUGCAAGAUGUGCCCCUUGAUGGGAGCAGCAGCGAUUUGGCUGCAGGCGAUGACGUACAGCUGACGCCCAAAAAUUGGGUUAAAUUCGACGACGAGACGGACAGCAGUGAGAAAAAUAAUAACAGUAACAGUAAAACUGGCGACGGCAAUGCCACACAGCAGCAGCAGCAGCAGCAACAACAAAACAAGUUGGCGCUGCCGCCACCGCCGCCAUCUGUGGUCAGCAGCAACAACAAGAGACGCGCGCGCUCGCGCAGUCCCAACGAACAGGCUUCGGCAGCAGCUCCAUCCCCUGUGCAGCGUGCUGCAGUUUCAUCCACAACAGCUGCCGCGUCGUUGCCGGAUGUGACGCCGGCUGUUUUGACAACUGAGAGCACCCACGUUAAUCUGAAUGCAUCCGGCAGUGGCAGCAGUCCCCCCCGCCACCCACAGCAGCUAAUAAACCAAAAAGCAACUGCAGCCUCGGCCGCUGCCUCGGCCGCAACAACGUCGGGCUCGUCCUCGUCCUCGACAGCAGCUGCAGCGGCCGCUACUCAUCCAAAUGGCAGUGGCAUCAGCAACAACAACAACAACAACAAUACCAGCGGGAAUGCCAGUGGCAAGAGCGUCUCCAUUCCAUUGGAUCAGGCCUCCGGGAUGCGCACAAUUGAAUUGUCAACGGGCCGCAUCCGUGAGGGUUUCGCUAAUGGAGAUGUGAUUGUCACACUUCUGCCGGCCAACACGAAAUGGCCUUGGAUAACCCCGGCCAUAUUUCGUCCGGAGCUGGUGCCCGAGGAGCUGAUGGCACAGGGUUUGACGCUAACUGUGGAGGACUAUGUGAAUGCAAUGGAGACGCUGGUCAAUGACUAUCGCUUUACAGUGUACAACAUUUGCUAUAAGCGCAUCCUCGUCUGCUGGAUACUGUUUGCCUUCGCUGUGCUGCUCGCGCUGCUCUUCUCUGGGCUGCAGGGCGUGGCACUUUUUGCCCUGGGCGUCGGCUGGCUGUUCCUCAAUGCGGCGGCCAUAUUUCUGUGCAUGUGGAUGAAGCUGCGGCUGUCGCGCGGCCUGGAGAAGUGUCUGGCCCGCGUGAAUAAGCAACUAAUGCGGCACAAGAUUUUGCUCGUGCUGGACGAUCGGGGCCGCAUCUCCUGUCACAAGGUCAACUUGUGCUUUAUGUACUUUGACGCGACGCAGUGUGUGAGCUUUUUAAACGAGUUUCUCGAGCACACGGAGCAGAAUGGCGGCGAGGCCAUCAAGGCGGGCUGGGAGGCCAAGCUGGACAUUGAUGUCAAUGAUAUUGUUAUACAGGGCAGUCAGCCGGUGCGUCUAUCCCGCAAACAGGAGCGCGGCCUGCAGCUGUUCCUGCGCUACGGCUCCCGCUGGGGCAUGGAGGCGCUGCGCGGCCUGGUCGAUGUGACGCCGCUGGAGCCGGGCCGGCAUUGCGGACAAUUUCAGUGUCCUUGCCAGUACAUUAAGGAGCAUUUGCAGUGCAAACCGCGAGGCAAGUUCAAGUGUUGCAAUUUUGUACAUUGGGUGUUGGCAUGUGAACGCUACGAUUACUAAACAAAAAUCAAAGAAUAAUAUUCAAUUCAUGAAUACUAUCUCGACAUGUGUACAUACUAUGCAUGUUCUAUGUCCUUGAAUGUUACAUAAUGAAUUUGCUGAUACAGGUACUUUAGCUAAUUAAUACCAAGCCCAUAUUAGCCAGCUGCUUUUAAAUAAGUUUCUCUUAUUUGCCUUGACAUACGAAAAUACCAAAAAAUACCAAAUUUGUUGCUUUCCCGAAUUGCUUGAAUAUUGUGCACAAACAAAAUAGAAACUAUAAACUCUCUCUCGUUUCAGAUGUUAGUCCAUAGCCAAGGUAAUAAUAUUGGUACAUUUUGGUAUUAUAUGUUGGCUAAACUAUUUCGAUUUAACUUCUCACACAUAUUACUUACUCUUACUACAAAAUAACCUCUUAGAUUCUUACUUAAUAUAUACAACUAUAUUUUUUCAAUAAUACAUUUCUUUUUAUGCCCACGCAAUAAAUAAAACACAGUUGCCAUAAACAGCAUGGGCCAGGUAGUUUGGACACGUUUUACGCUCUUUGGUGGCAAUUAUGCAUAAUUUAAAACCCAAUAAUAUGCGUAGGCAAAAAUUAAACAAUUACUAAGCCUUUUCGAUUAUUAUCAAAUUUAAAUUUAAAUUGCAAACAAAACGAAUUUCUUUACGAAUUUAGUUUUUUGGAAAAAGCAAAAUUGUGUUUGUUUUUUUUUUUUUUUGUUUCUUCUGUAUUCAGCCUUGUGUUUGUCUAUUGUGAACUUAAACUGUAUGCAUUUAUUCUGGUGUCAUUUAAAAU